GAUCCUCGGGACGGUUGCUCUUGGCAACGUCGGGCGCUGUCCGGCCGCGGUAGUUGCGGAGCUUCCAACCGUCGGUUCGUCUCUUCCUCCGACCGAGGCAGCAACUUGGGUUAUGGUGAGGGCCGAGGGAUUCGGUGCCAUCCCAGUGUCGCUGGGUCACGGGAGCUUGGCUAAGAUUCACGCUCCGGAUCUGCGCGGCAGAAAGGAGGAGGAGCUGCUAAAGAAGCUGGACGGCCUGAAGGUGGAGCUGUCCCAGCUGCGCUUCGCUAAAGUGACCGGUGUCCUGGCAUCCAAACUCUCCAAAAUAUCUUCCUGCAAAGGCAUUGAACUGACUCAACAACAACAACAAGCCCUCCUUGGUUUUCUACCGCAGAAGACAUGCUACUUUUAGUGGAAUUGCCUGCAGUGCCUUCCUGAUAAUAGAACAAAAGCUC